GUUUUUGAGAACACAGAACACACAAGAACACAAAAUUUCAAUUGAUAUUUGUUUGACGAUAUUCGCAUUUUCCGAUUUUCUUUAUCAUUGACAAUUAAGAACGAUUAAAAAUUAAAGAACAUUUCUGAUUAAUAUUUUUCGAAUUAUCUUUUUACCAAGAAUUUUUGUUUGUAGAAGUGAUAUAAUGCAGUACUAAUUUUAUCGAAACAAUCAAAUUCGGUUGUGUUUGUUUAUAUUUUAUUAUCUUGGGCCAUUAACUAUUUCCCAUGCGUGUAUGUAUGUAAUUAUCAACAAUAUUCAACAAGAGAAACAGAGAAUUGAAUUUGUUUACACUACCUCGGAAAAUUUUCGUUUUCAUGGAUAUUUUUUAAAGAAAACCCCGUCGAAUCGUAAAUUGAUUCAGGAGAAAUGACGGAACAACUGUCAGUUAAUCCACAAAUGAGGAUGGACGAAUCCUCGAAAACAAAGGCUGUCGAUCAUUCUAUGAUUAAUGGAAGUGACAAUCAAACUAUGGAUCAAUCGGGCAACAAUCAAGCACUUAAUGAUCCAGUAACAAAGGCUGUUGUCGAUAAUAUAAUGGGAAAUUUGCCCACGAAAAAACCCUUCUAUCGUUGUGAUGAUUGUGAUCUCUCGUUUACAAGUAAUGCAGUAUUAGAUGCUCAUCUACAAGGUGCACGACACGCCAAGCAGAUUAGAUCGAGAAACAUAAUGGCCACCCUGGAUGAAUCAAAAAUUCCAUUUGCGAAGGAUGCAGAAACAAAUGGACUUCAAUGUAAUGUGUGUAGUGUUCGCCUUAAUUCGUUACAACAACUCCAUACACACUUAAAUGGAAAUCGACAUAAAAAGAAAGCGAUAAGAGGUGGAUGGCGAAUGCCAGAAUCGGAAAGUGACAUUCAAUUAGGACUUCCAUCGUCUUCACAAAGUGUUAUAACCGGACAGUUAUUACAAAAAACCACCUGCCGUCCUUGCAAAGAAACGUUUGACAGCUUAAAAUCAUACAAAAAACACUGUAAUAAAAAGAAACACUUGGACUUGGUGCGAUUCAAGAAGAAGGAGAAGAAACGAAGAAUAUUUAUUGAUCUGCAAAAGAAGGAGGCAAAGGCAAAUCGUAAAGCUUCGAAAACAAACUUUAACGCCAAAGCGAAUUUACAAAAUUAUUUUGUGUCAAGUGGCUUUAUUCAUAAUGGCGUCUCGUGUAAAAUGAACAAUGACGCAUGUUAAUUAGAAACAAAGACAAGAAAGUGAAGUGAAGAAGACGAAUGUAAGUAUUGUUGAAUUUUUUGUUUUUUUUUCUUUUACAUUUCGCAAAAGUAUCUUCAUAGAUUGAAAUAAUACGAAUUUCGAUUGUAUGACAAAAAAAGUUUAUUUAAAUGAUAUUUCAAUGAAACAUUGAAAAAUGAUGCAUGAGUGAAAUUCAAGUCUCGGUAUUGAUGCCUGGAUGACAAUUAAAAGCAAGCUGUGAAAUUUA